AUGGCAUCCUCCUACGCAGCCAUCGGUGCCGUCCUCCCCUUGUUCUUGUUCUUGCUCGCCGUCGACGCGGCACUGGCCCCGUCUGGCUCCCCUGGCGCGGCGCCGUUGUCGACAGGGUUGCUGUCCAUCGAGGACGCGUGCAAGCAGACCGCCGAGCUCCACGACCUCUGCAUCGCGACCCUCUCCCCGGACCGGUCCUCCCUGACGGCGGACGCGGCGGGCCUGACCAGGGCGGCCAUCCUGGCCGUCCAGAAGAACGCGUCGGAGACAGCCACGUACCUCUCGAGCAUCGACGAGGACGACAACGUCAACAAGACGGCGCAGCUGCAGCAGUGCCUCGAGGACUGCGGGGAGCGGUACGAGGCGGCGGUGGAGCAGCUCACGGACGCGGCGAUGGCGCUGGACAUGGGGGCGUUCAACGAGUCGCAGGCGCUGGUGGCGGCGGGCCAGGCUGAGGUGAAGCUGUGCCAGAGGGGAUGCCAGGCCGUGCCGGAACACCGGGACAUCCUCAUGGCGCGGAACACCGAGGUCGACCAUCUCUGCAUCAUCGCCCUCGCCAUCGCCAAGCUCAUCCGCUGA